UAACGAGUUACUUGCUUCAAACUGACUGUAUGGGUAAACUUGAGCUUUGGGCUCUGUUUCCAAUCAAAUUCCAAACUUUACUGUUCACAGUUUAUGCGUUAUGGAGCAUCGACGGCAGGUGACUAAUCAAGAUCGGGUUUCCGAAAUUUUCAACAAAGCCAUGACCGUGCUCAAAUUUGAACCCGAGCCGACUCAGGACUUUGAUCUCGCACAGAUCAUUGAAUCAAAUAAAGUGCUCAUACUUCCGGCCGAUGCCAUCCUGUAUUACGCAAUGAACAAGAAAGUGAAUCACGACUUCAUCCUGAGAUUCACCGAAAGAAGAUCUUCAUGUCUAUGCAAGUUUUAGCUGCAAUGUUCGAGCCUCCUUCCCAAUCUCAAUCAAUGAGCUCUGGUGAGGAAGGUCUUUAGGGAGGUCACCGCCUGAUUUUUGAGAGGUCGUAUGUAUUUUUUUUCCUUCUCCUCCUGUAAAUCGCUUGGUGCUCGACAUAGGAUUCACUAAUUAGACAUUUACACAUAAACACUUUAAAACUAAAAUGGUUCAACAUCGAGGCUAUGCCAACAAUACCAGCCACAGACAGAAGAGGAAAUCAUCUGAGUUCUUUGUCUAAGUUUCGUUUCUAAAAAUAGUGU